AUGUCUCCAACCAAAGACACCUCCUCGAGCGGUCCUCUCGCAGAGAAAUCUCCCAAUACCUUCUCACCAACAAAGGCAACAUCUUCGGGCAAGCUCUCACCUCUGGACCAGAAGACAGCCAUGCCUAGAUUCGAGCCGCCACAGAUCCGAGCAUGCACACAGACGCAAGAUCAGAGUGGUGCAAGCCAGACAUACAUCUCGCCUUCGGAUGCAAUUCGAAGCCCGACAACCAAGAAAUUGAGUGAAAUCAAGGGCAAGAGGUUCAAGAACGCGAAGCCGAAGACACUGUUUGCACAAACCGUUUUCCGCGAAAACAUCAAGGCGCAAGGUCACGAGUCGGAUGCCAGCUCCAAACAGGAAUAA